AUGGCUUUUACUCCAGGUAGUCGUGGCGGUGCCCGUGGCGGUUUCGGUGGCCGUGGUGGCUUCGGUGGUGACCGUGGCGGUUCCCGUGGUGGCCGUGGUGGUUCCCGUGGUGGCUUCGGUGGUGACCGUGGUGGUUCCCGUGGUGGCUUCGGUGGCCGUGGUGGUGCCAGAGGUGGUGCCCGUGGUGGUGCCCGUGGUGGUGCCAAGGUUGUCAUUGAACCACACAGACAUGCCGGUGUCUUCAUUGCCAGAGGUAAAGAAGAUUUGUUAGUCACCAAGAACAUUGCCCCAGGUGAGUCCGUUUAUGGUGAAAAGAGAAUCUCUAUCGAAGAGCCAUCUACUGAAGAAGGUGUCCCACCAACCAAGGUCGAAUACCGUGUCUGGAAUCCUUUCAGAUCCAAGUUGGCUGCUGGUAUCAUGGGUGGUUUGGACGAGCUCUUCAUUGCCCCUGGUAAGAAGGUCUUGUACUUGGGUGCCGCUUCCGGUACCUCCGUCUCCCACGUUGCUGAUCUUGUCGGGCCAGAAGGUUUGGUCUACGCCGUCGAAUUCUCUCACAGACCGGGUAGAGAAUUGAUCGGUAUGGCCAAGAAGAGACCAAAUGUGAUUCCAAUCGUUGAGGAUGCCCGUCACCCACAGAAGUACAGAAUGUUGGUUGGUAUGGUUGAUGCCGUCUUUGCCGAUGUUGCCCAGCCAGAUCAGGCCCGUAUCAUUGCCUUGAACUCUCACUUGUUCUUGAAGGACCAGGGUGGUGUUGUUAUCUCCAUCAAGGCCAACUGUAUUGACUCUACUGUCGAUGCCGAGACCGUUUUCGCCAGAGAAGUCCAGAAGUUGCGUGAAGAACGUAUCAAGCCAAUGGAGCAAUUGACCUUGGAACCAUAUGAGAGAGACCAUUGUAUUGUUAUUGGUCGUUACAUGAGAUCUGAAAUUCUCUCGGAUGAAAGCGAUGGAGCAGAAGUGGAGCUCGUGGAGAUUUCCAGUCGUCCUGCGCGGCGGAGAUCGUUGAUGAUCACCAGCACCCACACCGUGCCUAUUGCCAUAUCAGACGACUCAGAUGAUGAUGUAGUGGUGGUCAGAGAGGGUGAACUAUCCCCAGAUGGUCAGUUUCAGUUUCGCGCGGAGCAGCAGCGCUUAAGACAACAGGAGCUGGCGGCCAGGGAAGCUGAAUUAGCGAGAGAGCCUGCCGAGGAGGAUCACUCCCUUGUAUAUCCCUCCCACAACGACCACAUUCCCAUCAGCCAGGAGUUUGCAGAAAAUCGUGUUCGAACGCGCUCCUUUGGCCGUACUCGCUUUCCGGUAACUACCACCAUCUUGAGUCGGGAAGAACGGGAGCGUGAGAGCCAGCGCAGACGACACGCCAGACAGAACCAGAUCCGCAGGGGAGUGUUAGGCCGCCACAGGCCAGUGGUGCCGCUUUUUAUACCAGAAGAGGGGCUGCGGCCGCCGCGUACCAGGCGAAGUCGCCGUAUCCACGAAGAGUCCAACUUGUUCCGAAACAUGCACCUUCUCGGGAUGAACUAUCGCGUCAACAGAGAGGAACCGGAGUGGUCUGUACUCCGACGUCGGGUGUUUCAGGUUGGCGCUGACUCCUUUAACCUUCCGGCGAUGUUUGGUGCCCCUCAUGCCUUUUGGGCCGGGGCCCACCAAACUGACGAUGCCAUACCCGAGAACGUGUUUCGCAUGAUUGAGAGAGAGGAGGCACGCGCAAACCAGGGUAGAGUGGACCACAAGGCAAAGGUGGGCAAGAAGGUUAGAACGGGGCUCGAGGAGAAGUUUCUCAACCCUCCGGAGGGAUAUAGCAACAGUUUGAAGCCCGAUAAAACGCCAAUUUGUACCCUCUGUGGCACUGAAAUAGGCUCUGGGAUCCCUGAAGAGUUUAGUGGGGCCUCAAGAGAGGAUGAUUCGUUGCUGCGACUUCAGGCCGAGAACUCUGCUCAGGCACCGUUCCAGGCGCUACAGAGCGUAUCUGAGGUGGACCGCGAGUUGUCGAAGCGGGUGUUUGCGUCCAAGUGUGGCCAUGUGUACUGCGGUCGGUGCUAUAAGAACAUCGGGAACUGGAAGGCGAGGAAGGAGAAGGAGAAGGAGUGGGGCUGGCAUGCGACAAAGAGCAAAAAGAAGAAGUUAUCUGAACCUCUGGAAGAAUCUGGCCAUCCUAUCCUAUUUCAGUCGGGGGCCAGUCCUAUACCCAGAACCCGUCGGCGGUCCUCCAACUCGCUUGUUGGAUCUUUCCAGGAGUCACUAUUGAGUGGUAGGAUGUCCGGCGUCCCUUCCACGCCCUUGCACUUCACAGUUAAAAUCGGAAUCACCGUCCAGGAUAAAAGGUACAAGAAGUUUGAAAAACAAAAGCAGAUUACGGUUCCGUUUGAGGCUGUGUUUUACAAAUGGGAAAACUCCAAUAGCACGUUCUUGGACACCGCGACUACCCCAAUUCCGAUGCAGUUGAUCCAGGAUUCGCCUUACGUCGGAGAGGUUUCACUUGAGAGCUAUUUUGUGGAGCGCCAGGAGCUGAAGCUCAGGAAAACAGGCUUAGAAGCAGCUCCAAACAGUGCCAUCACCGAGAUUAUCGAAAAAUUUCCCGGGUAUAACAUUCCGAAAUGUGGGAAGUUGCAGUUUGUGAUCUUUAACCAAGAGCGCACGGCAUGUAGUUUCCACUUGAUCGACUACGACUUGACCUUACAGCAUGGAGAGAAAACCUGGCUCAGGUAUGUGAAAACAGCAAGGACAAAUACGUCUAACGAGGACAAAACACACCUUGUUUCGGUUGUCAACUUGCAGUUUGCAAGGAUUGGCAGAAAGUAUUACUUGUUUCAGACAGUGAAGAUUGUUUUCCACAAUCGUAUCUUCGAGAAGCCGGUUGUUAGUAGUUCUGACGAGACAAAGGAUAGCAUCUCCCCGACACCAUUACAAAUCACCACCGAGGUCAUCAGAGGGGGUAACACGGGACUUGACUUGACUUUCUUCAAGCCGUGUAUCGUCUUGCAUACCACUCUGGGCCCGGUUGAAAUCGAGCUAUGGGCCAAAGAAUGCCCUCAAACCACUCGAACGUUCAUCCAGAACUGCCUCAAUGGAGCGUAUUGCAAUACCACAUUUGAUAGAGUAGUCCCAGGGUUUCUCAUCCAAUGUGCCUCGCCUCCAUCAGCAUUGGCCAUUUCUAGUUUCAGAAAUGAAUACCAUUCACGGUUGAGAUUUAACAGACGAGGCUUGGUCGGGCUAGUGAAUGCCGACGAGAAUAACCUUACCCAGGCAAAAUUCUUCAUCACCUUGUCUGCCACCCCAGAGUUAUCCAACAAGAACACCCUCUUUGGGAGGGUUAUGGGAGACACGGUUUACAAUGUGGCUAAAAUGGGAGAGGCAGCGCUAGGCGAGAACGAAAGGCCAUUAUAUCCCACCAAGAUCACCAGUUGCGAGGUAUUGGUGAAACAUUUUGAAGACUUGGAAGCCGCUCCGGUUGUAGUGAAGAAAACUGAGGUUGUACCCAGAAAAAAGCCCAGAAAGGCCAAAGUUGUGAUAUCAUUUGAAGAUGAAGAGGAGGUACCAAAAACCAAAAAGUUCAAAAUGAGAUCAGCCCAUGAGUUGCUCAACGACAAAAGGUUGUCUAAAGAAACUGUGAAGGUUGAAGCACUGACGAUGGAGGAACUGAAAAUAGAAGCAACCACUUCAACGCCUCCCGAAACUGAUGUUAAAAACGUUCUUGAAUUCAGUCCCGUCGACGAAGAAAGUGAAGAGUCAAAACAAGAAAAAAGAUUGAAAGCACUUGACGAGGAAUACGAAAAACUUAAGGAAAGUCUAAGGAACAAAGACGAAGGGAAACAGCCCGGGACAAGGAAAGUUCGCCACGUCGACAGUGGUAAGAAACUCGCGGUCUACAAGUUGAAUCAGCCGAAUGGCAAAGAAUUGCGGGAGCUUCAGACCUUGGCCAUGCUUCAAAAAUUCCAGGCCACCGUAUCUAUGUCCAGUACUUCAACCGGGACCAAUGUUACGAAGAGCCAUGUGGCAUCGACAGGCACUAAAAGAAGCUGGCUCGACUCCGAUAACGAAGCUGAGGCGCACGAGAUUGACUCUGAUUACGAUCUAUCGGGCGAGGAGGAUGGCAAUUGGUCCAACUGGAAAAAUCAUCAAUUGAAGUUUUAGAGAGCUGCAUCCCAGAGAUAAAAACCAAAGAGACCAUGGGGGACUACAGGCUAUUACGCCGCUCCGGAUGUAAGGAGCUACCAAUAUACAGUGCUUUUGAUUAUGUUCCUAGAUUUUGGUUAGUUUUUCGCUUAAAUUAUACUAAAUGAGAAAACGGCUACAGAAACUCGUGUCAUGGCCCUGUGUGAC